GGGAGACAACCCACCGCUUCGAAGUGAAUGCUUCUUCGAUUUCUUCGUGACCGCCUGCAAGUCACAGGAUAGCUAGCGCCGUUCAUUUUUACAUAUUCGUUCUGUGCCCUGCUCUUCCGAAUUCCAUCUCUCUAAUGUAUCAUUUCUGAUUGUCGUUGUAGUCUCAUUUCCUGAUCCGCUAUGAGAUCUUUAAUCAUAACCUCGCAUCCUACCCAUCUCUGUGCUUCAUCAUCGUUAAUUCAUGGCUUCCCACACCCAACCAGCAAAACUUUGAAUCUCUUGCUGCGAAAAUCCAACGUCCGCCUCUCCCUUUUCUUGAAUUCUCAGCCCAAUUCAUCCCGCUUUGUUACGUAUUGCUCCACCCCUUCUGCGCAAUCAUCAGAUUCUCGGGCUAAAGCUAUUGAGGGGGAUUCGGCUGAAGCGGUCGUUGCGAAUGACAAAUUUCAUAGUGCAGUUGGGAGUCCCAGAACACCAUCUUUUGUUAUUCCCAUGGCCAAUUUAAGUUUGAGUGAUCAAGCUUUCUUUCUCCUGGCAUUCAUUGCAUGCACGACUUCAGUGGCAUUCACCAGCCUAGUUUUUGCUGCUGUUCCCACACUAUUUGCAAUGAGAAAUGCUGCAGUGUCUCUUUCAAAGCUAGCAGAUACAGCUCGUGAGGAACUCCCUAGUACCAUGGCUGCUAUAAGGCUUUCAGGCAUGGAAAUCAGUGAUCUUACACUAGAACUAAGUGAUCUAAGCCAGGAGAUACAUGACGGGGUUAACAAGUCAGCUCAAGCUUUGCAAGCAGCUGAAGCUGGAAUUCGACAGAUUGGUUCUGUGGCACAGAAGCAAACUGUUUCCUUGAUUCAAGAGAGAGCGAGCUUGCCUAUGAUAUCCUUUCAACCGGUUGUUGCUGGAGCUGCAAGAAAGACAUCUAGAGCAGUUGGCCAAGCCACAAAGGCCUUCAUGAACAUCAUUUCUAGAAGUGAAGGCUCAUCAGAAGAGAAUGAUGAAGGCAGAAUGAAUAUGGAACAUUUAUGAUGACUUCAUUGCUGCCCUUUUGGAUUGUUCCACUAUGUGCAUGUUCUUUUUGCCCAAUGAUACAUAGAUAGUGUAGGAGGGGAAAGGUUUGUAAAAUCUGAACUACCUUCUUGGUCACAUGUAUAUAAAAUGACCCAUUUUAAGGGUAUCCAAGAAUCGGGAGUAAGGAAAUGAAAUCAGAAAUGGAAUCAUGGUA